CUUACCUGUUCCUCUUCAUUACUCUCCUAAAGAUUUCCUUUUCCAUAUUCAGAAAUUAAAAAAAAAAAAACAAAUUAAUUAAAUCAUCAACAAUUUCAGCAAAUCGGCGGCAGAUUUCAAGAAACAAUUAUCCUCGGAUCUGAUCAUCGAAAACAAAGAAAUCAUUACACUUCACAUUCAUCAAUAUUCAAUGUUUUCGGCGUGAAUUUUGUUUUUUUCAGUUCAUUUCUUUUGAUCACUUAGAUUUUUUGGGGGAAGAAUUUUGGGUUUGGCGAAGAGUGAAUUGAAUUGUGUUCGGUUAUGGCUGCUCCAUUUUUCAAUAGUCCUUUUCAACCUUAUGUUUACCAGAGCCCCCAAGAAGCUGUCACACCUUUCCAGAUUCUGGGUGGAGAAGCUCAGAUAGUUCAGAUUAUGCUGAAGCCACAAGAGAAGGUUAUUGCAAGGCCUGGGUCUAUGUGCUAUACUUCUGGAUCCAUUCAAAUGGACAAUGUUUAUAUCCCUGAACAAGAAGUCGGAAUAUGGCAGUGGAUAUUUGGGAAGACUGUGACUAGCAUUGUUCUUCUCAAUUCUGGCUCAAGUGAUGGGUUUGUUGGAGUUGCUGCUCCUUCACUAGCUAGAAUUCUACCGAUUGAUCUCGCAGUGUUUGGUGGAGAACUUCGAUGCCAGCCAGAUGCAUUUUUGUGCUCCGUAAAUGAUGUCAAAGUUACUAAUACAACUACUGAUCAGAGGGCACGUAAUGCUGUUGUUGGUGCAGAGGCUUUUUUGCGGCAGAAUCUGACUGGACAAGGACUUGCAUUCAUUAUCGGGAGUGGAUCUGUUGUGCAGAAAAACCUGGAGGUCGGGGAAGUGCUUGCCGUUGAUGCUGCUUGCAUUGUUGCCGUGACAAACAGCAUCAAUGUUGAUAUCAAAUAUAAUGGUCCGAUGAGAAGGGGUGUCUUUGGGGCGGAUAACCUAGUAACUGCUGUUCUUACGGGGCCAGGGAUUGUCUUUAUCCAGAGCUUGCCGUUCCAUAGACUUUCGCAGCGUGUAGCAAGGGCGGUUACAGCACCGAACAUGAGAGAAAACCCGAAGUUCUUUAUCCAGUUAGUCAUAUUCUUUUUUCUGGCGUAUGUGGUUAUUGUAUCGUCGUUGUUAUUGACUGAUGUAUAACAUUACAUAGGCAAGGGUGUUAUCUUCCCAACUGAAUGUUCCCUCUCUCUCCCGGUCUCCCCGCAGUUAUACAGAUUAAUGGGUAGAUUUAGGAUAGUAUAGAGGUUUUGUCCCAGAUUUUGUUAUCAGUGAAAUUCUGUCUGACUUGUACCAUGAGAAAUUACAAUGUUCAAAAUCCAGUUUACAACUCCACUA